AUUUCAGAUUACUGUAUGUAUUUAGAAAAUAAAACUUUGGAUUUCAUUACUCUUCUAGAUGUUGGAGAAAUUUAUUCCCGACUGCUGGAUCACAGGCCAAUUAUUCAAGGAGAAAUACGUUACUUUAUUAAAGAAUUUGAAGAAAAACGUGGCCUCCGAGAAGUGAGAGUUCUUGAAAACCUUAAGACCAUGAUCUGUGAAACAAAUGACCAAACUCUCCCUACAUGUGAACAGGUGAUGCGUGACAAUCUGAAUGAAGCAUUCAAGAGAUUGCAAGCAGCCAAUGAUAAGAUCCACAGACUCCAGCAGAGGGAGCAGGAAGAAAGAAAGGUUCAGACUGACACACUAAUGGCUGGCGAAAAGCAGCAUCUAGCCCACUGGGAGGUGUUUAUGAAAGACCAACACAGCAAACGAGCUGAAGUGGAUGAAGAGCACAGAAAAGCUAUGGAACGCCUUAAAGAACAAUAUGCUGAAAUGGAGAAGGACUUGGCUAAAUAUGCUUCUUUUUAAGACCUUUUUCUUUGUGAUUUUUUUUUGUGUGCCAAUACUCUCUUGCUGCAGACUUACCAGAACAACACCGAGAUUCUUUCAGAAAGCCUAAUCAAAAUAGGGGCAACAUCCCUCCCCCACCCAUCCUCUUGUAACUAUAACAAACGUUUGUUUGAGGAAGAAGAGUUUUGCAUACCUCCCAACUUGAAGUGCCUCUGCAAUCUUAUUGUGGUCAAGGUGAUUGGUAUAUCACUCUUUUAGUUUGUUAGGACAGGCAGGUCUAGAAAUGGUAUUCUACUUUUAUACCAUGGCUUCAUCAAUUCAGGGAGUUGCAAACUACAAUUCCUUGGUUUUUGAAGACAGUCUUGUCUUCGAGGGGAAAAAAAUCUUAAUUUAGUUUUUGCUAUCUCUAUAUAAGCCCUCAGCACUGCCUAGAGAGCAGGUAUUAUAAAUGCAAGCCAUGCUUGGCUGAAAUUAGAGUGUACGCAUACUCAUCAAGUUAUUGUGAGAAAAACCAACAUGUCCUGCAAAACAGAGUAGGUUCUGUAAGAACUAGAAUGUGUUACUCAGGUACAGUUUUAGCUGCACCAUUAUGAAAUCAAGAGGAAAUAUUGAUUGCUUUCUAAAAUAGUCAUUACAAGAGUGGCUGUGAGGUCAGAGGAAACAAUGUUUACAGUCCUGAGAAGCCUUCCUCCACCCUCACCUGCCAAAAAAAAAAAAAAAAGAUAACUUGUAAAACAGUCCUUCCAUUAUCACUUUAUCAGAUACAGUAUUUACCUUAAGUAUUUAACUUAUCAUUGGUGCUCUCAGUAGGAUGAGCAGUGCUCCUGUGUUGGGACUUACCUAAAAUGUGUUGUAAUUACCUUAAAACCAUUGAGGAAAGAUCUGUUUUUGUCAGCAUGGCAAGUGAGUAAGUGGCAUUAAAAAUGAAGCAUCUUCAAUAUUAAUUUGUGUUCUUAUUAAUGUGUAUUAAGGAGUAUUUGCAACCUCCUGUCAUCACAGUGAUUUUUUUUAAUUUAAAAAAUUAAUAUAAUAGCAAUAAAACUGACUAGCGUAGCCAAAUUUUCCUUUUGUAAACCAAGUGAAAUUAAAUGCAAUAACUGAAUGAAACUUGAUGCAAGCUCAUCUGAGUGACAGGAAGAUCUUUCUAAUAUUAUUUUAACUACUAUGCAAUAUAAAAUUAAAAGCAGGUAAAAAUAAACAGAACUUGCUUAUUAUCUGUGUUGUAACUACACUAUGCAGACAAUGGUUGCCUGUGUAAAUUUAUGGCUUGGUGUCAAGGCUCCAUUCCUGGCAGCAUGUUGAUAAUAUGAUUAAAGUUAGCAGAGGAGAUGGAAUAAGUAUUUGAGUUUUCUUUCAAUAACACUGAAUUCCUGCCAAACUGCUCUAUCCGCUACUGUAGGCCUGACAGCUUCAUCAAUCAUCAUCUGGUACCUGGACUGAAAAGAGCCCUUGCUGACACUGAAGCAUGGUGGAAUGUUGUUAAUUCUGUUGUGGAUGGAAAAAUCAUAGAUGGAUCCAAAUAUUUCACGUAUAAAAAGUAUGGGGAACCUACUAAUGAAAAACCCCUAUUGAACAGAAGGUGAUUUCUGGAAUAUCUUUAAGCUUAUGUACCCAGUGAUGAAUUGAUGCUGUAACUGAAAGCCUAGAUUUACAUGUUUCAUCAGAAAAACAGAAGAUACUGUUGCCUGUCUUUAUGGUCCAGAGUCUUGAUAGCUUUUGUUCAUUUUAAAGAUAAACUGAAAGUACUCUCUUCCAAAAGAUGUUUUAAAAUGAAUGCCCUCAAAACUAAAAUAAUUUUCUGACAAAAUGUACUUUGUCUCCCUUGGCACUGAGUGAGUUUGAUUUGUGUGUUAUUCCUAUAAAAUAAUAAUAUCACGUUCAUUCAGUUUUGAAUAAAAGUAAACCUACCUAUGCCUGACUGAAGGCUAAUAAAAUGAUAUAGGUGUUGCAAGACUAGUGUAUACUGCACAUCUGUACAAGAGUAAAAAUUUUAAGCCUGGGGUCUGUACUUCAUUGACCAAGAAAACGCAAAAUAGAUUAAAUGAAUGAUAAUACCCAAGGAUAACUAUUUUCAAAAGCCAGCAAUACUUUGAGCUUUUGAAAAUUCCCCCUCAAGAUUAAUUUUGGGAAUUUGUGCAUUUAGGAAAUAUCUUGAAGAAAAGUGUUUACAGUUGAUCUUUAAUGCACAAACAAACAACAGUCUGUUUAUUGGCCUUUAGUGAGAGACUACAAGGAAAUAUGUAUCUAUUCAGUAGUCUUCAUUUUUAAAAAGUAUAUUGUGCUGUAGUUUUUAAAAUCAAUUAACAGUAUAUACACCUGGACUUUAGAGUGGUUUAGCAAGUGGAAGAAGAAUAAUGCUUUGUUCUAAAGCAUAAAAGGAAAACUGUAGUGCUUAGUUAUAGCUUAAAUAGCUAAACAAGUUCAUCAUGUCUGGAUAUCUGAUUUUUUUAACCUGUCUUUCAAUAUUUGUUUAGAGAAUGAGGCUAUGGUCUAUCAGGAGGCUAAUGAUACUUCUCAGCAGAGGCUUUUGCUUUUUUUGUUUGUUUGUUUGUUUGUUUUUAAAUGUUAGGGUAGGAUUUGAAAUACCUGUUACAUCCAUUUGGGGGAAAAUUCAUAUGAAAGGACUUUUAAAGUUGUGUAAUAAGCUACAUUAAAAAAUUACAUGUUUAGGCUGGAUUAAAAUGUUUAAAUUAUUAACAAUUAAGCUUUACAGUUGGUUUUUAAAAAAUCUCGGUGGACUCUACUGGUAGAUAGAUCAGACAGACUUUUGAUUUUUGCUACUUUUGAAUGAUGAAGCUAAUGUUUGCAAACCUGCUUCAUAUUAGACUGUUUGAAUUGCAGUACUUUUAUAUUUAGUACUCCCGAGUCUAAACUAUAUUGUUUUAUUCUUUUAUGUAACUAGAAAUAGUGGGUAGAAUAUCCUAUGCACACUGGAAUUUUUCUAACAUUUUAAAUGAGCUUUCUGUUUUGACAUCUAUACAGCAAGAAAGCACUCACUACUUCCACUUCAAGGAUGGUACAAAAACUGCUUCUUAAGUGAUAAUACUCGGCUUAAAAGUAUUAGUUAUACCAAUAGUUGAAUAGUCAUACUGCUUUUUUAAUUUUUAAUAUUGAUCAACACCUUGUUUAAAAAUACAUUUUAAAAAUCCUGUCUCCAGCUAUUCUGGUGCCUCUAAUUUCAUUGGUUCCUGAAGCUGACCUUUUAAUAGGGGGAAGAGGAAGAUACUCUUGCUUAGAUUCUCACCUAUGCUAACUAACCCUAGGUGAUACCUCUAAGAGAAAUUCCACAACCUAUGACUUGGGAUUGGAAUAUCACAUCUUCAUUGGCUUUUAUUUAUAAAUAAAAUUUCAAACUUGUAUUAAACUUGUAUUAAAUUGGAGAAAAUAAAUGAAAACGUUAUCACCCAUGAUUCAUUUCAUUAACGGGUUAAUUCUUCAGUUGAAGAGGGUCCUUUACCUCUGUACACACCCUGGACCUUGCAAUUUGCAGGUACUCACAAAUAGUGAGUCAAACAGCCAUUAAUCAUACUAGCACACUCAUCUCAUGUGGCCAAACUAGAGAAUCUACUAUAUAUUUCAGAGAGUUUGUGUGUCUGUCUGUCUGUGUCUCAGCUGGGGGACAUGCAUGCUUCCUCUGUCUGUGACCAUGGCAGCUGCAAUGGCCAUGGACAGGUGCUUUUCACCUGGCCCCAAGUUGCUGCAGUGACAGUGAGCUCAAGUUGUCCUCUCUCCCCAGAGUGGCUUGCACACUCAACCCCUCAUCCCCAGCCGUACCCAAGAAUGAUAUAAAUGAAGGAAAGUAAAACUUAUUUGCAUUAAGGAUCUGAGCAAUGCUGGGUACAUCUUCUAGUGAUAUCUAAUUGAGCCAAAA